GUAGCGCCAAUAGUGUGAAGUCUCUGAUAAACAAACUCAAGAAUCUAAAGGGAAGAACAUCUUGAAAUAAUAGUGUUUUUAGUGCACAAUAUUCAUUGUUAAGCACUAAAUCUAAGUGAUCUUGAAUAAGUGCAAAUACCAAAGAGGAAAUUAAAAAUAAGAUAGUAAAAUGGGUAGUACGGAUAAAGCUGUAAUUACAGGUUUCAUAUGCAGACUCUGCAGUAAAAUGAACCGUUUCGUGAUCCACAUUUACGGUGAAGAGGGUGAAAGAAUGAAACUCGCAGAAAAGAUCAAUGCUUAUCUCCCAAUUACGGUAAAUAUGAAUGAUCCGCUACCCAAAACUGCAUGUCUACAUUGUAUUGAACGAUUGGAAGCACACCACGAACUAAUGAAACAGUUCAUGUUUGCUAGGCGGAGGUUACCUACUGAAAAUAAAACCUCAGCAGUGGCAUCUUCUUCUACAGCAACUAUUGAUGCUGCACCAACGUCUAGCCCUCCUCCAUGUUGACAUGUACAAUCAUGAUAAUCCCUUUUUUUUGCAACACUGAGUAUCUCUUGAGUUUUAUCCAUAUCAUUUCCUCGCAAAAUCGUUAUUAAGGUAUAAAACUGUUAGGUAAAAGGUGUGAAUUAAGUAGAACAAUUUAAUAUCUUCAUAUAAUCUACUUGAAAAGAAAUUUUUAAUAGGAUAGCCAAAUAUUGUCUUAGUAGACUGAAAUUUGUAAUAUUGCAAAAUUUGUUAAUUACUUUUCAGUAUCCCAAAUGUUAUACUUCGAUACUUUAGAUGCAAUUAUUAUUUGACAACAAAAAUAAUUUUUUAUUUAUGUGCUAUAUAUAUUAAACCUUUUAUUAAGUACAAUUAUAUUGUAUAAAGUAGACUUUGGGUUGAUGAUCAUAUAAUCUAAUAACUUCUAAGAAGAAAUUAUAUCUUGGAUAGUAUCUUUUGUGAAAACAUAAUAAUAUUUAAAUACUUUAAUGGAUGUUUUAUUCUAUACUAUCAUACUUUAAAAAAAUUAUCAUAGUAUCUUUAAUAAUUUCAUAUAUAUAUGAAUGUUUAUACAUUUAUUUUAUAAUAAAUUAUUUCUUCAGAAUAUUACACAAAAACUGUUGAGUCAAUAGAAAUGUAGAAAUUUGUAUACUUAUAUGCUUAUUUCAUAAUAAUCUAUAAUAAUUGAAAAAUAGUAAAAUUCAUGAAAAGUAACACAUCUUCCAUUAAAACAAAAAUGAAGAAAAAUAUCAAUAAAUCGGUCAUUUAAAAUAGUGAUGGGACACGUAUUGCAAUCAUUGUAUAUUUACAUUAUAUACAUCGUAUUAUUCAAUCCCACUGAUUUUUAAAAAUCAGCAGAUGAAUGUUAUAUAAAAGCAUUACAUCUGCAGAGAUAUGCAUAUAAAAAAAUAUUUGUAUAUUAUGUUAACAUAAUAUUAUGUAUUUUUAUGUAAUAUUUUUAAAGAGUUUUAAUAUUCCUUUUUCUCUCUAAGCAAUGAUAUAAUAAACAAUCUUUACAAAAUUUAACUGCGCACUUAUUAUGUCAGUUGUUUUGUAUUAUCAAAUAUUUCAUUAAUAAAAUAUAUAUUUGUGUAAGCAGUAUAAAUAAUAAGGGAAACGAUCUUCACAUAAUUUUUGUAUGAUAAGAUUUAUUUGUUAACAAUGUAUGCUAACACAAUUAAAUGUUAUGUGGAACAAUAUUAAUGAAUCGCGUCACAAUACACAUUGUGCUUUCUAUAUGUAUUAUUUCACAUAUAACGUUGUAUAAUUUACAAGGAAGAUAAGUGUUUUUAUAGUAGGUAAGGAUGUAAUCAUCACUCAAUUUUUACUUAUUGUACUUGGUAUAAUAUAGAAACAAUUUAAAUUUAA